AUGGAGACCAUUCUGCGGGAGUUUUUCAACAUUACGCCAGAUCCCCCUGUAAACACCUCCCAUCGCCUCUGGGGGGUGCCCUACCUGAAGAGGCUGGCCCAUCUAGAUGACGUCCUGUACCAGGACUUCCACGUCCUCUGGGUGUCCCUCACGGUGGUGAACAGCCUCAUGUUCGCCGUUGGUCUCGUGCUCAACAGCCUGGCCCUCUACGUCUUCUGCAUGGGCACCAAGUCUCGCACGGCCCCCGUCAUCUACACCAUCAACCUGGCCGUGGCUGACCUGCUGGUGGCGCUGUCGCUCCCCGCCCGCAUCGCCCUCUACUACAGCGGCGGCGCGUGCGAGGCGUGCUCCUACGUGCACACGUUCAGCUACUUCGUCAACAUGUACUGCAGCGUCCUCUUCCUCACCAGCAUCUGCGUGGACCGCUACAUGGCCGUGGUGUGGGCGGCAGGGACGGCGGCGCGCUGCCGGAGCCCCGCCGCCGCCCGGGCCGUGAGCGCCGCCGUGUGGCUGUUCGCCGUCGUCGUCACCUACUCGUUCCAGACCACAGCGCUGGAGUUCGGCGGCUCGGCGUGCUGCCGCCUACCGGCGCUCUUCGCCCUUACCGUGCUGGAGUUCCUGCUGCCCCUGCUGGUGAUCGUGGGCUUCACGGCUCGCGUGGCCUGCGCGCUGGCCGCCGGCGCCCUCAUGCCGCAGAGCCGCGGCCGACGGGCGCGUGCCGUGCGCCUCCUGCUGGCCGUGCUGGCCGUCUUCACCGUCUGCUUCACGCCGUUCCACGUGCGCGAGGCCGUGCUGUACUUCCACCUAGGUGGCAGUACAGAGCAGCAUGUGGUGGCCUACCAUGCCACGGUAACCCUCAGCAGCCUCAACAGCUGCCUGGACCCCGUCGUCUACUGCUUCGUGCCAGACAACUUCCGCUCGGCCCUGCGCCGGGCCUUCCGCGGUAGGGCAGCGCGACAGGGCGGGGCGGGGGGUGCGGUGGUGUUCGUGCCCAGCGCCCGCCGGAGCUCCACGGAGUCCGGAUCGGCUGUGGCCUUCGCCUGCGGCGUGGCCGCUCUCGCCCUCAGCCCCUGUGCCCUGCCUCCUCAAGAACUGCCAGCAUGGAAAAGAGAGGCAGCGAGAGGAAGAGGAGGAGGAGGAGGAGGAGGAGGAGAAAAGGCAGGUCCAGAAUCUCCAGAUGUGCACUGA